AUGGCUCGAGUAAACAAGAAUAAGAAAAAGCCGGUCCGAAAGUUAGCCAAUAUCACCAAGGCUGAUGGUAAGGAGUUCUUCAAACGCUUAUGUAAUUAUUCGAACAUUCAAAAUUUACGAGCAUUUCUUGAAAAUAUAAUUUUUCUUCUAACUUUUUGAAUAGUUAUAUGUACAAGGAUUCACUUAUGGAGGCAUUUUCGGGGGAUUUCGCUAUAGUUUGAGAUAUUUUCCUUGAAAUUCGUUGCGCAAACUUUAUGCUAGGUUUAUUUUGGCCUUGCGAAAGACAAAGACUUUUCAAAGUUAAGUUAUCUUUUCAAUAUUUUUUUUUUUCUCAUUGAUAGUUAUUUGGACUCUCGCUUACGCCUUUGACCACUGCUUGGAUUUUUGAAAUUAUUUUCUAUUUCACACUUUUUUUCAAUUUUCCAAAAAACAUUUUACCAGGACUAUUCCGAAGGCCGCUUAGGACUCGGGUUCAAACAGUCCUCCACCAAGCUCCCGACUUCACCGUCCACAAAAAGCAACCCGCCAAAAAGGCGAUUCGAGGCGGAGCGAAAGUUUCGCCUAAAGUCAAGGGCGCCGUCGCCAAAGUUGCUAAGGGUGUGACCAAAAAAGCGACCGGCAAAAAAGGACAAAAGGUAGUUUUGAAUUUCGGCAUGUUACGAGGUUAUUUCGAGGAAAACAGCUUUGAAAGGAUUAGUAGGGAGUUUUACACAGCUUUCAGUGUUUCUUUCUCAGUUAAUGUGUCAGAUUUCGGUCUUCUGGUUAAUAGUUGGCAGAAAAUGUGAUGGGAACGGUUUGAAAAGCUUUCUGUUAAAUAAAAAUGAGCCGGACCUCAAAAUAAUUUCAGAAGUGUGGAGAUUGUUAUUUCUUGAAAUUAUUUUCGAGUCAAAUUUGAAUUUAAUGGAUUUUAAGACGAUGAAGGAGGUUUCGCAGAGUUUCUAGUGAUUUCAAGGCAUAUUUUUGUGUUUAAUUGGAAAAAAUUGUCUUAAUUUCUGAACAGGUGAAGUCUACAUAGUUUUAAAGUUUUUAAUGAGGGCUUUUGGACGCCAAAAGCUCUAGACCUAGAAUUUUCAAGCUUUGGUACUAAUUUUUGAAUUUUUAUUGGUAGUGACUAUAAAAUUGAAGUGAUUGAAUUGAAGGAUCAACUGAAAAUGUAGAUAAAACUUUGGGAUUUGAAAAAUGAGCUUUAAAGUCGAAGAAAAGAUAUUUUCCCUAUGUUAGAGGGAAAACUUCUGGCAAGAAACCAACUUGAUUUAUUGCUCUUUGUUGAAAUGGCUUGAGGGAACUUUGAAAAAGAAAAAAGGAAGUUUUAGAUGAAAACAUCAUUUUUCAAAAAAAAAAAGAGAGAGGUUGAUAUACUGAUCAAUUUAAAACUAUACACCGGGAAGUACUGAUAAAAAUUGUUUAAAGUAAUACUUUACCUCGCGCAUUGGUGUGAAAGAUUUUCCAAAAAUAUUUUAGUUAAGUUAUUUUGUCCCCAGCUAAUAUUUUUCGACACCUGGAGGCAGAAUUUUGCGAAAUAGGCUUCUCUCUUUCGAAGCACAGUUCUUACUGUCCAUAUCUCCUAAGAUUUCAUCUCACUCUCACUUUUGUCUAUUUUCCAGACUCCAAAAGCUAAAAAAGAGCCGGCCUCGAAGAAAAAAGGCAACGAUCGUUUGGUUCCCCGCACCGGGAUCCAACAGUACAAGGUUGACUUCCUGAGAUCCAGAGCAUUCAAUAAAAAUUUUAAAAUUCAGGAGAAUCCAUUCAUCGCGAGUCAGAAAAAGCCCGAGUAUGUGAGCUUCAGUGUCAACGGUCGGCGGUUGAUCCGCGCUCUGAAAAGAAAAAGUGCGCCGGAACUGAAGGAGUUCAUCAAGGAUAAGCGGUAGGUUUGGAGCCUCGGAUGAAUGAGCAACGCACGAAACAUGGCUCCGAAAAUACAGCCUCGAGUUUUCUAAAUUCUUAGCCUGAAGAGUCGUGUUUCUUUUGCUCAUAACCUUAUUAUUUCAAUCGAAUCUUCCGGUUGAUUAUGUACUUUAUUCGGAAUGUCCCUCUGGUCGCACUUAAAAUGACUUAACUCGUUGCGGUUUGAGUUGAAAUGGUUGAAUGGUCUUGCAUGGCAACGCCGCUCCGCAACCGUUACGCGUUGAGCCAUUCUCAGUGCGGCAAAAGUUUCUUUUCUGCUGUUAGGUUGAGAAAUAGAAACUUUUCUUGUUCAUCCUUUCGAACGUGUCUGUUUUCAGAUACGGCAGCUUCUGCAAUUAUGAAACGUUCUCGUUCGCCAUCAACACGACGGCCGAGCUCGAGGCUUGCCGCUCUCGGGACCGCGGCCUCAUGACCGAAUACUUCAAGUUCGCCAGCGCCGCAGCCAGUCAACGUCAUGAGAACAACGCCGAGCCUAACUUGCUCCAAAUGGUUUCCGAUAUAUUUUCUAGAAAUGAUUCAAGCCUUGGCCAUAGGAACUCGAGCGUCCAAGUCUUAUGAUACAUGUUCAAUAUCUGAGUAUUAAUGUCUCCAAAACUAAAAGUUUGCGCAAAUAGACUCGAAGAAACUUCAUCUCGACCUUCCCAGUACAGAUUCAAAAUCAGCGCGGAAAACUUCAUAUUUUAUCAUUCGAAAGUCGUAGCUGAAAAAAUCAGUUGGUAAAGAAAUGCAUUAAAUUUCGGAGUUGUUAAAUUUUACGAAGCGUAACACAUUGCUGACACAUUUUCAAGAAAUUUCUGUUCAGAAAACAACGGGAAAGUCGAAUUUCUACAUGAUAGGACGUGCUACGAGGAACAUUGAGAUGACUAGGGGUGUGGCUGGCUUUUCGAACCUUCCCUUUUCAAGAAUUGUUUCUCAGGAGGUCGCGAGGGCAACAACGCUCUCCUGAACUACGCCGGCGACGAGCGUAACCUCGCCGAGACGGUCGUUUCCUUGAUCCGAGAGAAUAUCCCCUACACUGACCUGGUGGUCAUCACGAAGAUCCCUCAUGCGAGUGAGAAUUGUCCACGGGAAAGAGAAGCAAACCCAGUAUGAUCAAAUUCUAGACAUCGCGGAGCAUCAACUCGAGAGCCAUGUCGUGACGGCGGUUCGGGUCGGCCAUCGGAGUCUGGCCUCGGCCCUGGCUCAGGGCGUCUCUCGCCACAAUUUCAACGAUCUUCACCGCGAAACUCUGGAGUUUGACUGAGUAUCAUACGUAGUCUUGAUUCACUCUAGAGAUGGGCGGAACAGUUUCGCGCAAAAUUAAGCGGCAGAGAGAAGUUUUGAACGGGAAAGUUCUUCAACAAAAAACAGUACGUAAUGCCUAUUUAGAACGUCUGGGGCGCAUCCGGUUUACGUUGCCAAGUCUGAAAUUUUAGAGAUUUUUCUAAGCUUUUUUUUUGAGAAAUUUCGACAUCUGCGACCUACCUUAUGACAUUCAGAAUGACAAAAUUUUUUUAGAACAAAGGGAAAUCAAUCCGCGAUUUCGCGAUGAAAGAUUGUUGUAGGUAGGCCCACUUCCAGAGUGAAUCUAGCCUACGUGUGCUCAGAAAAUUGGUUAGUAAAGUAUUUGAUUAAAGAGGAAAACUGCCGGCCAAAAUCCUGCCUGUCUCGGUCGUGAAGAAGGGAUUCAACAACCGAAGUAUCACCCCGGUUCAUACGGCCGCCAUUACCAAUGAUUCCAAAGUGAGUUGUGAGAAAAAACUGCAUUUUUCGAACAUGAUCGGCAGAAAAUCUGGCAAAUCUACGGGGUUUCGGUCCUGAUUUCCGAUUUCCUUCACCCAAAAUUUUAAAUUGAAAUGACUAUCUGAGAAGGCGAUGUUGUUGAGAAGCCAUUGGCCUAUCAUGAAGCCUGCUGAAGCACUCCUUUUUUCUCAUUUUCUAAAUUUUAAUCACUAUUCUUUUUAGCUCCUUGAAAAACUGCGCUCCAUCGACCCUAACAUCAACGUUCCUGAUCAGGACAAUUGGUCACUUGGAAAAUUUAGAAUUUUCAUUAAAUUCAAAUUUCUAGGUAUACAAUCCACUACGCAGCCGUUUGUGAUGGUCCGGAACCAUUGAAAUAUUUGCUGAAAAAUGGAGGUUCUUAUAUAAUUUUGUGGUUUGAAAGAAAGAAAUGGAAUGAAACCUUCAGGAGUUGUGUCUUCGCUGACGAAGAAACAGGAGACGCCACUUCACGCCGCCGCCAGAGCUGGACGAGCCCAGAACAUCCGAGUUGGUCGUUGAACUGCUCGGAAAUGAUGCCUUCCUUUGUUGUAGCUGAUCAUCAAGGCGAUGCUCGACAUGGAAAGACCGGCCGACGGCGUUGAUCGAGCCAAGCCUGAAAAGUCGCUGAUCAACUCUAGAAAUCGCAAGGGACUCACCGCUUUGCAGUUGGCUGUCGUCCACAAUAAGUUGGAUUUUUAGAGUUUUUCGAAAAAAUUUAGAUGAAGGAUACAGUACCCUCCAGAAAUGGACAACACACCUAGAUUUCAAAAUACUUUUAAAUAUUUCAAGGCUGGAAGCGGUUGACGCGUUUCUGGAGCACGAUAUCGUUGUAGUUGAUGCUCCUACGUCGACGACCACCAACAAAUUGACCGCUUUGAUGGUUUUUGAGUCCAAAAUAUCAUCUUUCUCAAAUAAAGUACUUCAGAUCGCGUGUUCACGCGGUUUUCUGCCGAUCGCCGAGAAGUUGAUCGCCAAAGGAGCCUUGAUCGAGCAGAAGGAGAAGAAGAAGGUGACUAGAGUCAGAAAAUCAUUUAAAAAGUAUUGAUAAUCGAAAAGUUAGUUGUGGAUAAGCUUUUCACGAAGGUUUUUAUUUUUUUUUUUGAGUUUUUGAAGCAGAACUGUUCUUAUAAGAUGUUUUCAAAGAGUUCAACAUUUCAAAAAAGAUGACAGUUUGAAGAAACUUUGUAAAGAAACUUUGUAAACUUUGUAAAAAAAAUUUUAAACAAUGUCUAUAUCUAGAAAGUUCAACUUUUUCGAAUUAAAAGUUCCAAACUCCGUUCAUCGCUAACUUGGGACAAAAUUUCUGGAGGCGCGUCUAAAUCUUUUGCAUGUUAUUUCAUGAAGGAACUCCAUUAGAUUAUGUCUCAAGGAAGCUAUAAAUGAACUAAGCUCUAAAAUUUUUUCCAGCGAACUUCUUUGAUACACGCUGUUCUUAAUGGCCAGGAACAUAUUGUGGCGAUGCUUCUCGCCAGGGGAGCCAAUAUCCAUGCGGUGAUUAUAUAAGAUAGAAGAAAUCAGGAAUAUCUUGAAAAUGUAGGCCGAUUCCUCCGGCAACACUUCGGCUCACUACGCGGCCGCCUAUGGCUGGCUCGACGUCUUGAAACUUCUCGUCCAAGUCGAUCCGACCGUCCUGACCGCUCAGAACGACUGGGCGCUCACGACUCUCUCGAUCGCUUAUCUGAAAGGUUUUUUCGGGGAUUCCAUAAGACCAUGUCCCUCAAAAAGUUUUUAAUUGUGGCUUAUCAGCGUAGAGAAAGAGAAAGACAACAAAUAAAGAUUGCAAAAAUCAAAUUACUCUUUAUACGUUAUUUUGAUUGUGGACUGCCUGCUUGAAAGGUAAGUCCGUGAAUACAAAAAAAAACCUGAUUUUAAUCAUUUCCUAGAACAGAAGCUUCUUGAUUUUUCUUAUAUAUUUCGUUGUAAUCCGAUUUUGAUUACUUAUUCUCAGAUCCUUACCUAUGGAAAAUUCAGAUCUUGAACUUUCCAGGUCUUGUAAAGAAGGAAUCUAUGAAAAUGAGGCCUUUUCGAAAUUUUAUUCGGCAGACGUCACAAAAGUAGUUGGUUAGCCCAUAUAUGUUUGGGGCCAGCUUUUAGAGAAGUUGAACAUAAGUUUUAAAGAAUCGAUUUUUGAACUUGGACUUAUAGUUUACCAAGUGAAUUGAACUUCGAACCUGUUUCCAAAUUUUCAAAAACCUAUGUUCUGGGGAUCUUUUUGUCCAAAAAAUGUCUCAAGUUUGAAAUUUUCCGAUUGAAUCUUCGUUUUGGACUCUGAAUGUGCUCAGGUCACUACGGGAUCGUAACUUGGCUGCUGGACGGACCUCACAGCGCCUCUGUGGACAUAAACGGAAAAGAUACGUCCGGAGCGACUCUUCUCGCUUCGUUGUUGAGCUACGCCACGGACAACUACCAUAGUCAGAUGGAUGGCCAGAUUGAGUAUCUGGUCAAGAGGUGUGUCGAUGAAGAAGAGCCGAAACAUGGAGAAAUCGUGAAACUUUGGUUCUUCAGAGAUUCAUCCUUCAGAAUCCUCUCUCAAGAGUUUCUUUAGUUUAUGAGGGGGACUGAAGUUUGAAAAAUGCCCAUUCAGUUGUCAGAGCGCGUGAAAAAAUUGAUCUGGCAUUUUCCGGAAAAAAUAAACGGAUUUUUUUUUCUCAAUCUGAGUACCUUCUAUUUCAAUUGCAGAGGGGCCGACGCGGGAAUCGCCGACAGCAUGGGCACGACGGCUCUCCACGUGUUUGCCAACAUGAGCAUCACCCUCAAGGGAACCAGCGGCGACAAGGACGAGGCUCGCGAGGCCCAGCGGAUGACCGAGGCUCAGUACCGCCACUGCUUCGAUCUCCUCAUCGAGAGCGGCGCUCAAGUCGACGCCAAGACCUCGGAUGGUUCGUGUGGAGCACGAGAACUCUCUGAACCCAAAAAUUUGAGGCCGGACUCCCAUCCAGUUGGCACUCAACACCGGCAACUUGCUCCUUUUCGACCUGAUGCUCGGAAAAGUCAAAGACAUCCAGGAGCUCUUCAAAAAUUGGUUGAAGAGUCAUAAGACGUUUAGAAGAAUCAGAAAUGUUCAGGACUGACGAUGGCAACAUUCUUCAUCAAUUGUUUGCGGUUCCGGCGAAGGUCUACGAAAAUCCGACUUUGUGGAAGGGUUCUGGCCUGACUCGAGCUUCAUACAACGUCAUUCCGAUCAUCAAGGAUGUCAUUGAGGUUUCCGAAUAAAGCUUUUCUUAAUAAUAGGAAGAAUUCUCUGAAUAUGUAUAGUUUUGUGCAAAAAAAUUGAUAUUUUUUUAAAGAAUUAUUACCCUGUGUUAGAAUCUUAGAGGUUUUAGUAGUAACAUGAAUGAUAUGAUCUUUCUGAAACUUGAAGAGUUUUCGGAAAGAAAACUGGCUUUCUUCUUAAAAUAUCACUAUUGUUGUAUUAAAACCCUUUUUGUGAACUUUUCUUUUGAGGUAUAGGAAAAGAAACAUUUUCAUUUAAAAUAAAACAAACUGUCGCUUUGUUGAAAUAAUAAGUUUUACGAUUUCAAAUAGAAAGUUACUUAAAAUGUUCAUCUUUUUUGCCGCGAAAUGAGGAUGUGACUCUGAUUCCUAUGAAGAAAUAGAACCAGGAAACUCGAAAUAAAGACAAAAACUUCAUGACCAACUGUAUUUUGUCCAGAAACGAUGCAAGUCCGAGCUCCAAGAAUGGAUCGAACAGUCGAACAAGGAGGGAUUCCCGCCAUUGGUCGAGGCUCUUUUCAAGUACCGCAAGCUCAAUUUCAACAAUACCGUCACCAAGGCAGAACAUGAAGUAAAAUCGUCCAGAAAAGGAUAAAAAAUCAAAGAAUUUCUCAGCAAUUCAUCGCCACAAUCGUCGAGAUCUUCACGUGGGCGCUCAAUAUUCGACCCGAGAUGCUCAAAAAGACUUUUACUGUUUGGGAAGUGGUGGAAUUGAUGAUUCAUUGGGUUUUCAGGGAAGCAAGGAAGGAUCUCAACCUCUGGCUCUGGCUCAUUUGUCACUUUCUGUCCCGAUUGAGCAGGGUUGCGGGUCGAGCUACCAUUUGUUCACCAAGUUGAUGAACUUCGCCUAUGAGAAGGGCAUUUUAAUGUUAGAAUCUUUUUAUUUCUUAAAAAUGGGUUCUGAAGGUUUGAAAACUCGGAUAAGUGUUGAAAUAAUCUUUUGGGUGCACGAAUUUUCGAUUACUUUUACAAAGACUUGUGAGAAAAAUUCUAAAAAGUUUUUAGCCUUCAUUUUUUGUUCAAUAUUGGUUGAGUUGAUGGGUAAAUGUAAGAUUUCGCAUGAAUUUCGAAGUUGUCGCUUGAAACUUCGAAUUAGUGAGGGGUUUUCUGUUGGGAAACCUUGCAAGAGUGUUUAUGAAGGCUGAACUUUGAUUUGAGGGACUUCCUGAAAAUGGAGAACGAGCACGGCAACGAGGUGAUCAUCUACGCGGCGGACAACGCGAUGGGCGAAGCCGUCGAGUUGAUUCUGAAGACGACCAAGCAGUAUAACAUGACCAGAGGCAUCCAUGACGCCGUCAUGAAGUAUCAUCUUGUCGAUGGCAAAAGUUUGAAAUAUGAACCUUUUCUUCAUUUUAUUUUUUUAUUCCAGAAACGGAGAUCAAUCGGACUCUCCUCAUGAUCCUUCUCAAAAAUGGAUACUUUGACUACCUUCCUUUAGUGGAGAUCAGCCCCGAAAAUUGGAACGCUAUCGAUAGUGGUGAGUGCAGAAUGACUCAACGCGUAGCUGUUCUGCGCCCGAUCAAAAACGACUUGCGCGCCUUGACGUCAUGUUUUGAUUUCUCGACAAGACUUCAGUCAUUAAUUUGCUGCGAAGCGCUUUUCUCUACAUAAUAAGCCUUAGUCUUUUUUUCUUCAAUCUUUUAAAAAAUUCAAUAACGGUUUCUGUGGUCCCGAGCGCAAGUCGUUUUAUAGUCGGGCGCGACAUGGAGAACAUAAUCGCCUCGCGACCGCAACGCAUCAAAAAUCAGUAUAUUUUAUGUCGUCUCGAGAAAUUAAAGUUUAUUCGAAAUGAAAUUUUUUCAAAAAAUAUUCCGAGAGGAUCUCAAGACAGACUGUUGUAAGACUGUGAAUCUGUAAAAUAGACUAAGACUGUAAACUGUAAACAUAAGACUGUAAACAGACUGUAAAUCAACCACUUCAAAAAGGGUAAAUUUUGAAGCUUCCGACAAUCUUUGGCACUACGCGGCUCGCGUCAACCAUCAUCGAACGGUCUCUGUUUUCAAGCUUUUGGAGUCGAAAUGCGUUCCUCGGAUUGUAAGAUUUCUGAGAAUUCCCUGUACUAUUUGUGCGAAAUCAAGGCAAAUUCCAAGAAACGAACUCCGCUUCACGAGGCCGCCCUUGCUUGUGAUGGUUCUGUGAAUGCGGUUCUGGAGUCGGUCGCCUUUUUGUCGACCCGUGGGCGGAUCGGAGACACGGACAAGGUGAUAAAUUCGCACUUUCAUUAUGUACUUUACAUGAAAAAAAAAACGUCCGAACUGUUUUCGAAAAGGUGAAAGUUGACAUUUUCUCAGAUUACUGAAAAAAAAUGUAGUCUUUCGAUUUCGUGGAUACUAUAGAAUAGUAGGAUUGGCUGAUGGAAUCUGUUACGUCUAUGUUGAUUAAACCAAAAUCUAUUAACCUUCACACAGUCAUCAAAUUUUUCUGUUCUAUAAUUAGAAAACAAAAUUUUUAAGUCGCUAUUUUUAGAGGAACAUUUUUUUUUCCUGUUUGUAAAGUUUUAAAGUCGAUCAAGCCAUAAUUUUUUCUGAUUACUUGUAUUCGAAAGCUGAAUCAGUCCUAUUGGACGAACUCUAUUUUUUCAAGUCUUUAUGGUCAUCAUAAGCUUCAUGCUCCCUGCUGUGAAGCUUAUUUAUUCUGUUAAUGAUUUACUCAAAAAUGUUAAUUUUUUAAGUACGGACGCACCGCCCUGCACUACGUUUUCGGCAAGGAACACGAGUUCGAAAACGAAACUCUUGGUUCCGGAGUUUGUGACCCGAUUUCUGUGGUAGUUGUGUUGGCCAAUGUCAUGGAUAAGAAUCAGGUUCGUCGGUCUAGCCCAAAAUGGAAGACAAAGUUCAAAUUGAAGCUCAACAUUGCUGACGUCGACGGCAACACUGUUUUGCACUUGGCUGCGAUGAAAGACGCCUCGAUUUCGACGGUGAUGCUCAUCCGAAAAGGGUGUGAGAUCGACGUCAAGAACUCGGUUUGUUCAAAGAUCUAAGAAGGUUGAGAAAAAAGGGAGCCGAAAAUGAAAGGCCACAUUUAGUUUUGUAAGUUCAAAGUUUUUGCUAUCUGCUUUAUUUUUUUUACUCCUCAAAAUCAAAUAAUAAUCGAGAAACUUUUUCGAAGUGAUUUUUUUUUUGAUUUGCACUGAUUGCUUCCGAGAAUAGAACGUUAGGAUUUGUUUCAAGUUAGCCGUCCGGAUAAGUGCUUCCACCUAGAUUCUUUGAGUUUGGAGUUUAAAAAUGGAGGUUAUAAUGUAGAAAACGGCGUUUUUCUCAAAACAAAAUAUCUCCCUCAGGAUUACAUUUUUUUCGAAAAAAACUUAAAAAAAUAAUUUCUUCAGAAAAAAUUAUUAUUGAUCCUAGUACAUAAAAAUUAAUAUAUCGACGAAAAAAAUGGGAAAAAAAUACUGGAAGAUGAUCAAUCUUGUUUUUGCUCAUUAUGCCUUUUAGUUUUAAAAGUUUUUUUCUCCCUUUCAAAAGGUCCAUUCCUUUGAUUUCCGAAAUUCAAUCAAGUACGAUACUUUUUCAAAUUGUUGAAUUUUUCAGAACGGUAACACCCCUCUUUCUUUGGCCGUUUUCUUGGGUCGUCAAGCGACGGCUUUGACUUUGAUUCAAGCCAAUGCUUCGGUUGUGGAAACUGUGUGUAAAAACUGAGAUUCUCCUGGAAAUUCACGAAUUUGCCUACAGAUCCACCCAUGGAAGAAGAAGGAACACGCGAAAAAGAAGAACGAGUGGGUCUGGGAUGGAGCUGUGAAGCAAGAGAGAAAGGUCUAAAUUUCACAAAAAUUUGGUGGUUUUUAAAAAAAUUUUUUUGUAACUCAGGAUCAGUUUUUAAUAUUUCCUUUGAAUGUCAUUUCAGACGUCCUAAGAGCUAAAUAUUCCUCGAAAAGGUAUAUCAUUGAUUAAUUGCAGGAAGAAACUACGACGAUUCCGGCGCAAGUUGUGAGUAAAGGCGCUGGUUGGGAAGCGAUGGUCUACGUCCUUCUCGACGUUUUGGGACAGGUUUGAAAUCAAAGAAUUUCUUUGAAUACAAGGAGAAUUCAGAACGCCAAUUCCAUGGCGCAAUUGACCGACGCCGCCUUGAAAAGGGCUCAGUUCAACCUGGCCAACCAACUUCUAAAGACCCUCGAAACGUUGCUCGACGGAAAACCCCUCAUUUCCAACUUCGACCUCCUCGACACCUUCACCAAGCAUCACCAAGGCGGCCUAACCAACGAAUCCAUCGAGAGGACGGUCCUCCAGAAAAUUCUGGACAUUGGCGGCGUCAUUAUGAACGAAGACGGCACUUCGCAAGUCAUCGAAACCGCGCUGCGAUUCGGAUCUUUGUCGACCCUGAACUAUCUCAAGGUGUGUAGGUUCUUGAGCUCGAAGAAGCUUUCAGGGUUUUCAAUGAGGCCCUCGGAGGUGAGAAAUGAUAGUCUUCUGAAAAACCUUCUCUAUAUACUCAAUUGAAGAAAGCAUAAUUUAUUUCCUUUCCAAAAAAUUGUUACCUAUGCAAACCGAAAGACGUUAGUGAGAUUUUAAAAUGUGUUAUUCCCAUUUUUCAUAAUUCAUUCACAGCUUGCUCUACAACUAAAAUAAUUAUAUUUCACGAUUGGGAUUCCCCCAAAAUUGGCUAGGAUACUCCUCGAUGUAAUAUGUACAUGAAGAUCCGCAAAGCCCUACUAUUUUUCGUGUUUCAAACUAACGCUUUCUUCUUGGAUUUUUUCUUGGAACAAUGGAAAGUUUUGCAAAUUAUGGCUUCGAUGUCCUUCACCUAAACAUUUUUCGACGACGUUCGAAAAAUUAUAGAGUUUUUUUUUCCCAAAAUAUGAACCACGCGAAACUAGUUUCAACGUUUUUAGGACAAACUUGGAGCCGAGAAAUGGUCACGUCUCCGUCCGAUUUCCCCAGAAGCCGGUCCGAUCCGAGCCUGUGUCCUCCAGUUGAGCCGACAAUCCCCAGCCUACAGCGUUGACCAUUCUCCGAUCCUCAACGAACUGGCCGCCAUGAAGAACUUGAAGUUUCCUCGCAAAUUAUCUCGAAAUCUCAUCUUCUGAUGAUUCCAGCAUCAACGCCCCUCUGGAGUUCAAGAUUCCCGCCCAGUUCCGAGAGUGCGGGAUCGGCCAUCUCCCGCCAAUUUCCUGGGCGGCCUUGUGCGGCAAGAAAAACUUGAUCAAGGUUUUGAAGCCAGCUUCUAGAUAGAGAAAUGGAUGGAAGGAUUAAUAAGAAGGAAAACUUUGAAUUUCGUGAGCGGACGUCUUGUAUACACACAAAUUCGAAGUUUGUCGAAUCAGAAGCCGUAGUGUUUAGAACUUAUUUGAGUUCGAAACAUUUUCGGUUUUUUGUUCUGUUUUUUCAACACGUGUGAAUAAUUUCUCCUAAAAUUGACGCCACUCUUUCCAGUAUGUGCCUAACUUUCAUCACCAACAAGCGAUUCAAUUCUUAUAAGUUAUUACGGUACGGCGAUUUUAUUUAGCGUUCUAUUGAUAAUUAUUCCAAAUAUUUUUAUUUUGUUCCUUCAAUAUCUUUUCUGAUUUAAAUCAUAUCAUCAUAAAUGAAAAGGUGCUUUUUUCCAGUACCUCCGAGCGGCUGGCGCGGACGUCAAGGCCGUCGAUUCCCAAGGCAGGACUCCAUUAAUGUUCGCCGUGUUGGCCAAUGAUGUCGAAGCUGUCGAUGUGGGGCUUCAGAAUACUCGAGCUUCUAAAAAUUUCUUCCAUCCUUUGUUUUUUGUUUCUACCUAUAAAAAGAAAGAUAAAUGUCCACCAAAAAAAGGAUUCAUUGUGCAUGUUUAUUUCCUUUUUUUUGAGUCAUUUUUUUCGCUUUUUCAUACAAAAAUAGUUUUUAUAUGGAUUAUUUCUCAUUUUAAACAAAUAUAUCAGAUCGCUCAAUGUGACUUCAGAAAGUACCUAAUGGUAGAAAUCUGCAUAGGAGUUGGAAAGACUUUAUUCGCAAAAUACUCGAUUUCAGGCCAUCAUUGGCGACGGAAACGAGGGGAAAAUUCAUGAUAAUCCGACUCCGAAAAAGGCGGCGCAGAAGGUUUCCAAAGAUUCGAUGAGCUUAGUAAUUGUAUUUUUGUAGACUCAGCUAUUGUUCGGCCAAGUUCGCAAGCGCAAGAAUACUGGGGAAAGCGACGAGGACGGAGAAGAUUCGACGGAAGAAAACUCGGCGGGAGAAGAGGAAGAAGAAGAUCCACAGCCGACGCCGAGCGGUCCCGUUUGCGUGGCCGUCCCAAUGGUCACGACGAGCCAAAGGAUGAAACUGGGACAUUUCCGGGCAUCAGUUAGGGCGAGAGUCAGAGCGGCACCACUAGCCAAAAAAGCUGAUGAUCAGCCGCCGGUCAAAAGGAUCAAGCUACAGAAUAGCGAGGUAAACAGUCACUGAUAGAGUACGGUUAUGAAGAAAAAAAAAAUGAGUCCAAAAAUAGAGAAAGUUCAACUUGAUUUUCAUUUUAUUCAGAAAUAAAUUCUGAAAAAUUUCUUGAGUUUUCUAAUUUCACAGUAAAAAAAAUAUAGAAAACAUUUUUUGGAGUAUUAGGAGAUUUUCAAGCUUGAGAUAUAUCUUCGCAGAGAUUUUAGAACAUCGAAUAAAAAAAUUGAUAAAAAAAUGAGUUUGAUUCGACAACUUCGAAGAAGCAAUUUGAUCUCUCGGUACCUUAUUGGCUCUAGCUUCUGAAAGAUAUGAUAGGUCUUUUUUGCAGGCUUUCACUCAGAAGGAUCACAAUGGAAGAUCCGUCCUUCACUAUCUAGUCCAGCCUAUUCCUUGGGAGAAUGUCGACCUUCUGGAAACCCUCAACUUGGCCGAUUCUAAGCUUGUCAAACAGUUGCUCACUUCACCUGAUGGGGUUUUCCGUCGUUUACAGGGAAAUUGAAGGAAUGAGAGUUUUCAGAAAAAUCAAACUCCGGUGGAUCUGGCCAAGAAAUCUCUUCAACGCCAAAUGUUCGCGGCCAUGUCGAAGUUGACCGGCUCGAAACAGACUCAAACGUAUGUUUUCUGGAUUCGAUCAAAAUUUGUUAAUAUAGUGUGAAAAUAAGUUUUUCGGAAUCAAAGAAUAAUUGAUUGAAGCUUGAAACGUAGUUUUCAAGAUUCCAAGACGCGGCAAACUCUUUCAAUCGAUAAAAAAAUGAACAAGAAAAAAAUACUCAACUUGUAAAAAAGUUUAUUUUAAUGUCUACAACAAGAAGAUUAUUGUCUUCAUCAUUUACUUAUUGAAGAAAAACCGAUAUAUAAGUUUUGUGGGUAUUAAAAACCAUAAAAGGUUUCAUUUCGAGUCAAAAAAAAGGGAAAUAACAGCAAAUAAGGAAUUUUCACGUCUUAGUCUGAAAGUGGACGGCGAGAAGGUCGACGACCUCAAGGCCGACCUCGACGUCAAUGGAGACUGCGCCAAGUUCAUCAAGAAAUGGGCUGAGGUUCAUGAUAAGGUAGAACUCCAGAAUGAAGGCAAGUAGAAGAUCAAGUGUUUCAGAAAAAGAAGGCCGAAGUGCCGAAGCCGCACCGGAUCAGCGGGUUCAAAGACGGCGGCGAGGUGGUCUACUGUGAAGAGACCAAGCAGUAUUUCGAUGUAAAUAUGAUCUCAGUUCUUGAAUAAUUCUAGAUUUAUUAGUGAGAGAUAUCGAAGUUUGAAGAAAGAUUAGAAAGAUCAAUUUACUCAGAAGAAGGAAGAGCUAUGAAUUCUUUUGAAAGGAAAAAAAAUUCCAAUGUUUUCGUUCAGGUUCUGCUCAACAAGACGGACUUGAGCUAUGGAACCUACGGAUUCCACAAUUUCUACCGCAUGCAGUUGAUCAAACGCCGCGAUGCCGAUUUGUGGAUUUUGUUCACGAAUUGGGGCCGAAUUGGUCAGGGCGAGGGCGAGAACCAAACUACGCCGUUUUCGGUCCUGGCUCUAGGUUUUUUUUUGUCGGUUUUCGUAGAUUAUCUUGAUUUUUUGAAGCCAUCAAAGAGUUCAAGUCGGUCUGGAAGUCGAAGACGGGACAGGAAUGGGCGCCGCUGUCUGAGUUUGCCGAACAGCCCAAGAAAUAUCGUCUUGUUGAGGUUUAGAAAUUAUACAAAGCGCCGGAAAAAGCAAUCAGAAAAAAAAGGAACUCAAAGGCCCUGAAAAACAAAAGACGAGAAAAUAUUCGAAGAAAAAUAAGCUCGGUAAACACAUUAUUUUAAAAAAAGCAGAAUUUUUUUGAGAAGGAAAAAAAUAGAAAAUUUUUUUAAAAAUAAGAAACUAUAUUAAAAAGCUCGCUUCAAUGGAAAAGUGGACAAAGUCAAAAUCAAAAUAAAUCUUUUUCUUUUUUAUUAUCCUUUCGAUUUUUGUCGCGGCUAUAACCUCUAAACUCUUUUUUUUCCAAUUAAUUUUUGGAAUUUUUUUGGGAAAAUUAAAUGUUUUAAAGAAUGACAGCAGCCCGACGAACCUUGCGGAUGUGGACAUUCCAAAAUAUCAACACGAGGAGAAAGAUGUCAUCCGUCGAAUGAUUCGGGAUAUCAGUGAACCUGAAAAGCUCAAGAAUUACGCAAAACAAGUUUGGAAAUCUUCUGGAACCCCAAAUAAAAAAGUUGUUCAGAACUCGGUGUUCAGCAUCACCUCGAUGCCUUUCGGCCGCGUCUCUUAUGAGACCAUCGAAAGGGCCGAGGAGAUCUUGGACCAGUGCGAGAAGAACUUCAAGGAUCUCGAAGCCCUCCUCCUGAAGGACAACAAAACCGAUGCCGAAGUGCUCAGUGGACACCAGAAGGCGGUUCGGAUUGAGAAAAACUAAGGAGCUAUGAGGAUUUUUGUUCAGAUCGAACUGUCCAGCGAGUUCUACAGCAUCAUUCCUACCGGGGAGUACGAGUUCACCGCGUUGAGACCCAUUAUUGAUGUGAAUAGUCUAUUUAUGGUGUCUGGAAAAGUAGAUUCGGGUCAUUUCAAGAAGAGAAUUCGAGAAUAAUGAGCUUUAUUCAUUGAUGUUUUUUUUCAAAUAUCUUUAUCAUUUAAAGUUUGCACAGCUAUCAAAAGAAGUUGUUUGACAGUUUUCAAAUAUUACACCUGAAACAAUAAUGGUUUUGAAUAUGUUUUUAAGUUCAUUCGAAAACAAGAAGUUUAGAUUUGAAUUUCAGCUGGCAACUAUCUUGCAAUCUAGACGUCUUCUGAACCGUCUGAAGGAGGUCGAAGUGGCGACGCGACUUCUGACGGCUUCUGUCGAACAGACUAACUUGGAUCGGAUCGAGUUAGCUUUUCUACACUGAAAUUGAAGAAAAGGGAAAUGUUCAGCUACAUUCACAAGGCUUUGGAGUGCCGAUUCACCCUGGAAACACCGAAAAGUGACGUCAGUCAGAGAAUCCUCCAGUACAUCCACAGCAGCAAUUCCCGGACCAGUGUCAAGGCCAUCAUUGAACUCGCGCCAAGAACAUCCGUCACACAGUUCGAGCCGUUCCUGGAUGACGAUAAUCAGAUGUGAGGGGUCUUGAAGGCUUUUAGUGAACGAAAGUCUAGUAAAAACGUUGAAUUAUUUUUUCAUAGGGCCAAAGAAUUUAAUGGAAACGUCCAGAAUUUUUUUUUCGUUUCCUGGAAGUUUUCUAAUGGAAAACUUCCAUACGCCAACUUGUAGUUUUUGUUCCUGAAAGUACUGCGAUUCCAGAAAAUGCAACUUUUUGUGAAUUUUCGUGAUCUCUUUCUUCGUGCGAUAACUAUUCACUAAUUCAGAUACCUGUGGCAUGGAACCAGGGCUUUCAAUCUUUUGAGCAUCCUCAAGGAUGGAAUUUUGGUCGACCCACCGAACACGUCCCGAAAUGGACAACUUUUCGGAUCCGUGAGUGAAUCAAGUUGGAUUACAUCGAAAAAAUGGCGUUUUCAGGGCGUUUACCUGUCGGACGCUUUCGAGAAAAGCCUCAAUUAUUGCCAGGAAUCUGCCAACGGCGACAAAUAUAUGCUUCUAUGCAAGGUAGUUUAAGGAAGAGAUUCCGUUCAUUUACUAAGUCAAACAUUAGAAGACCACGGGGAACUUGAAGUUUAUAUUUAAAAGAGAACACAAAAAUUAAAUAAUUAGGCUUUUGACCUUUAUGUAGCGUAUUUUUGAUUAAAAUCAGUUCUUGGGGUGUUGCAAAGGGCAGGGUCAAGUUUCGAAAAGUUAUUAAAGCAAAAAACUUUUUUUUUCGGCGCCCUAGCACACCAGAUUUUAGUUAGUUAAACAUACCCUGAGGCGAAAGCCGGUGUGAGUCGGGCGCAACAAAUGAGGUGGUCCCGUGCCGGUCAUUUCAAGCCAGAAAUGGAUCAUCAGGGUUUCGAGCUUCGGCAUGUCUUGCUUUUUAUAGACAUUCUGGAAGAAGUGAGCCGAAUGAUACCAGAUCCUGGUCCAAUCAUUCCAUACGUCGAAGCAGCUCUCAGAAUAGUCGAGAGAGAGGCCCAGAACCGGGCCGACUGAGCCUUCAUUUUUGCAGCCUCGGAAAGGCUUCUCAACGGCCCUCUUAAGGGCCAAAAUAAAAACUAUAUGAAAAAUUAAAAGACUGAACAUCUUUUAUUUCAUUUUUUCAAACUUUUUCUUUUUUAGGUAGCUAUGGGAAAAGUGAGGGAAUUGACCGACUUGGGUUGGGACGAUGAUAUCGACAAGAAGAUGGAUGAGGAUACGCUUCAAUACGUCGGACAGCAACAUCCGUCCGGAAGCCUCACUUUCGGUGGUUGGUUUUUCUUCUCAACAAGAACAUUAGGUCAAACUGGAAUACAGCUGUUUGAGUGGUCAAUCCUUGAAACUCUCUUAUAAUGAUCAAAACUAGAUAGUAGCUAGCCUCCUUUUUUAAAUUGAAGUUGUACUCUGACUAACUAGUAAGGACUCCAAAAACGUUUUCUUUUUCUUUACCACAAGUUGUAUUUUUAUUACCAAUACUUAGUAGUUUUGGCUCAAGUCAUUCUUGAAUCGAAUUUAAAAGCGGAAACGAUCAAGAAAAUUUUUAACGUUUGGGAAGAAGUCGUUAAUGUACUGUUUCUGAAACUUCAACUUCUUCCAUUCAAGCCUUUUUUCUUCUAAUUCUUUCGGAAAACUUAUUCAGGUUUACAGUGGACUUUUUUUCCAGGCGUCAAGGUUCCCCUACUUCCUCUGAAGACCAAAAAAAACAACACUAGUGGUUUCUACAGUCUUCCAUUCUCUGAAUACAUUGUCCGCGACGCCCACCGUGUCGUUCCUAAAUUCAUUAUCAUUUUUAAAUAA